GCAUCUCCCCGUAUGCUGGAUUCAACCUCCACUAAUUAUACCGUGGCCUUUUUUUGAUCCACGUCCCCUCCUUCUUGGCGCACUCUGCGCACCCUUUUCAAUUUUUUUCCCCUAUAACCUUUUUAUAAUUUAUUUACUAUUUUUUUUUCUUUCUUUUAGAUAUUGUUUCAAUCCGUCAAUGCUGGCGUCAUGGCGGCUCUACGAGGCGGGAGACCAAGCUCUCGCGCCAUCUCCAUGAUCUUGCUGCUCGUGGCAUUCUUUGCGGGAGUCAGCCUUGCUUCUGUCGGUGACCAGCUGGAGGACUUCAAACGAUGUCUUGACGUCUGCAAGGUCGAAAACUGCGGCCCUGGCAAAACUGAAACCCCAAUUCCCCUCUCCCGCCGCCUCCUCCUCUGGGACUGUCCCGCCGAAUGCGACUACACCUGCCAACACAUCAUCACCGCCUCCCGCGUCGCCUCCGGCCUCCACGUCGUCCAGUUCCACGGCAAAUGGCCCUUCUACCGCUUCCUCGGCGUGCAGGAGCCCUUCUCCGUGCUCUUCUCCAUUGGCAAUUUCUGGGCGCACUGGCAAGGGCUUAAGAAGAUCCGCGACCAAAUCCCAGCCCACUACUCCCUCCGCCCCUACUACGAGGUCUUCUCCUAUUUUGGCCUCGCCGCCUGGAUCUUCAGCUCCAUCUUCCAUACCCGUGACUUUGCUGCCACCGAGCAGCUCGACUACUUCGCCGCCGGCGCCAGCGUCCUGUACGGGACGUACUACACCGUCGUGCGCAUCUUCCGGCUCGACCGCAAGACGCCGCGCCGGCGCUCGGUGCUGCGGGUGUGGACGCUGUUCUGCGUUGUGCUGUAUGCCUGCCACGUCGGAUACCUAAAACUCUUCAGCUGGGACUAUACUUACAACAUGGCCGCCAACGUCGUCGUCGGCAUCAUCCACAACGCCCUCUGGAGCUGGUUCAGUUUCCACCGCUACCGCAAGCUGGGCCGCACGUGGGCCAUGUGGCCCAGCAUCGCAGUGGCAUGGGUCAUGUUCUCCAUGAGCAUGGAAUUGUUUGAUUUCCCGCCCUGGCUGGGCUGCAUCGAUGCUCACAGCUUGUGGCACCUAAUGACGAUUGGGCCGACUGUCCUAUGGUAUAAUUUCCUGGUCAAGGAUGCAAAUGAUGAUAUUGCCGGAAGCGAGAGGUUAAAAGCGUAAAAGGCAUGCCAAAAAAAGAGAUGGGGGCCAAUAAUUUUGAAACUAAUAAGGUAAAACAUAAGGGGAUAGUACAUACACAAGAUUUUCAGAGGCGU